GGACAGAUGUCUCUUCUCUGCGGGAAAAAUACAAGCACGAUUCUCCCUAUGCAAGAGAACGUCAGCUUGCAGUAUUUAGGAGACUGCUUGCAGAACAACAGGAAUCUCUUUCUCCCAGUAGAUCACGAAGUUUUAAGAUAUAUCAGCAUAGCAUUCAACAUAGGGUAUGCCAUCUCGCUCUGUUCGCUCAUUGCUGUGACAUUUACACUGUUGUACAAGAGAAAAUCCUCUUUACGUUUCGGAUUCUUCACAACGCACCUGCUUGCUGCGUUCAUUGUGAAUGAUUUUGCGUCAUAUUUAAAACAAAGCUUGAUUGAAGAAAGUGGUUCUGAUUGGACAACAGGCGGUGACGUCAUCAACCUACGAUCAAAUGACAGAAAUUGGGAAUGCAAAGUUCUUAUUCCUCUUAGUGAAUACUCAAAAUCUGUUUGUGUUUUGUGGAUGUUCACGGAAGCAUUCUUCUUGCAUCAAGUUGUAUACGGUAAAUACUCCACCAAACGACGAAGAACCGGACUGUAUACACUGAUUGGAUGGGGUAUUCCAAUAGUGUUUGUUAUCACUUGGAUGACUCUUAAGGCGGAACUAGAAGCGAAUUUUCUGUGUUGGAAUUUGACUCAAAACUCUAAGCUUGCCUGGAUAUUACGUGGACCCAUUUUGUUUUUGCACAUAGUUACUAUUAUGAUGUAUGUCGACGUCCUUCGUGGGUUGAUUUGUCACCACUGGGCGAGUGAAGAAAUAGUAAAGCCAGGGAGAUUGUGGAAGAUUGCAAGAUUUUACAUUAUUCUGAUCCCACUGAUGGAAGUUAGAUACUUCGGAUUCGAGAUUCUACCGGAAGUAAAUAUUGACAUUAAAAACAACCACGUGUUCUACAACGCAGACAAGAUUUACCAUGCAUACCAGGGUUUGAUAGUAGCGGUGCUGAUUAUCACGUUUGAUAAAAAGACAAGGAAAGCCAUUUGGAAAGUGUUCAACCUGUAUGUUCUGUGUAGAAAGAAAAGUCAGUUUUCCUCGCAAACCCGUACCUCGUCUACGACAAAACAGCCCCCUUCUUUCUCCCCUAAACCGCCGCGAUUAUUGGCCCGACCAGACAGAAACUUUGUUAGUGAGGAACCGGUUAAGUCAAACUUUACGAGUGCCUGCCGACUUCUUACAAACAAUAUAUUAAAAGAAGACAAAGUUGAUAGACAAGAGGUUAUUUCUGAGCUUUAUUAUUUGUGAUAAAAAAA